AUGGACGACUACGGGAGACGUGGUGGCGGGGGCGGCAGGCGGGGGAGGGAAGAAGUUGACAAUAGAGAAGGCCAAGGGACGCUCCAGAGACUCGAUAGUAUCCAGGACCCCGGGAAGAGGUACAUCCUGAACGACUGCAUCGGCUCCGGAGUCUGUGGGGACGUUUACGAGGCCGUUGACACUCAGGCUGGGAAUAAAAAGGUGGCCGUGAAGAUCCAAAAACUAACCCCGGACACGCAGGGCUUGAUCGUCGAGGAGUACCGAGUCCUGCGGGACUUCGCCGGGCAUCCGAAUCUCCCGGACUUUUAUGGGAUGUACAGGAAGAGAUCUGGUAAAAAGACCGAGCAUGAUCAGAUCUGGUUCGUCAUGGAGCUAUGCGAGGGCGGGCCGGUGAUGGACAUGGUGCGUGGUCUGGUGGCGGCGGACAAGAAGAUGCGCGAGGAGCACAUAGCCUACACCCUGAAGGAAGUGAUCAAGGCGGUGGUGCACUUGCACGAGAACAACGUCAUCCACCGCGACAUCCGGGGGAACAAUAUCCUGCUGACGAAGGAGGGCGAGAUCAAGCUGGUGGACUUCGGCUUGGCCAGGAUGAUUAAGGGCGAGAUGGGCAAGCGGAAGACCUGCAUAGGGUCCCCGAACUGGAUGGCGCCGGAAGUGGUCACCAGCAAGGGCGACCCCGAGUCCGGUUACGGAAGUCGGGCGGAUGUCUGGGCAAUCGGGAUCACGGCCAUCGAGUUAGCCGAUGGGAGGCCGCCCUUCCAGGAUAUGCACCCCACGAGGGCGCUCUUCCAAAUCGUCAGGAAUCCCCCGCCGGGACUCUUCAGACCAGCCAACUGGUCGCAGAACUUCAACGACUUCAUCAACGAGUGCCUCGAGAAGAACCCCGACAACAGACCCUUCAUGGCGGAAAUCAUGGAACAUCCGUUCCUGUCGGAACUGCCGGAAAACGACUACCCGCUGACGCAGGAAAUCAAGGCCCUGGCGAUGAACGUCAAGGAGAAGGGACGAGUCGAGAGGAAGCCGGAAGUCAUCGUCAGGAAAGGGUUCCUCAAGACCCACCAGACGGCGCCUCCCGAGCAGAUGUAUGUCGAGGACCUCGCGGCCCUGGAGAACCUCACCGAGGACGCCAUUUUGGAGGAGAUGAACGAGAGACUUAGGCAGGGCCACUUCCAGACCUUUGUAGGCGACAUCUUGCUGGUCGUUAAUCCGAACGAGGAGCACGACAUUUACGGACCCCAUUUCCACACAAAGUAUCAGUGCAAGUCCAGGUCGGACAACGCACCUCACGUUUAUGCGGUCGCUGAUAGCGCUUAUCAGGAUGUCCUGCACAACGAGGAACCGCAGCAUAUUCUUCUGGCUGGGGAGAGCAACUCGGGCAAGACUACGAACAUGAUGUACAUCAUCGAGCACCUCAUGUACCUGGGAAAGAGCUUGCAAGACGCAGGGUCCAGAGUCCUGAGGGCGAUCAAAGUGGUCCAGGCCUUCACGCAUGCUGCGACGCCUCUCAAUCCGAACUCGACGAGGUGCCUUUUGCAAGUGCAGACGACUUACGGGUCGACUGGAAAAGCUUCCGGCGCCAUUUUGUGGCUCUACCAGAUGGAGAAGUGGCGGGUCUCUACGAGAGAUAGAAACCAAUCCAACUACCACGUCUUCUACUACUUCUACGACGGCCUGGACGCCACUGGAAAGUUGCGGAAUUAUUUUCUUCUACCCGGAAGAAGGUACCGGUAUCUUCGAAUCGGCGACAAAAGUUCCGGAAACAAGCGUUCCUUCAAAGUUAGGAACGACCCCCACGGGAACACGAGUAAAUACCAUAGGUUGAUGGAGGAUUUGAGGGUCCUGGAGAUGGAGGAACACGCAGGGUUCGUUUGGAAGGUCCUGGCGGCUAUUCUGAUACUGGGUGAGGUCAGGUUCGUGGAGGGCAACAAUGGAGAAGCUGAAAUUGAAAACAUGGACACGGCCAAUGCAGUGGCCGAUCUGUUGAGCGUCGACACGAAGAAGUUCACCUGGUCCCUGGUUAACUAUUGCUUGAUAAGGAAGGGAGCAGCGGUUCGCAGGAAGCACACAUGUGAAGAGGCGAAGGAGGCCAGAGAUGUCCUGGCAAAUACGAUUUAUCAGAGACUCCUUGAUUGGGUCGUCAACAACAUCAAUUUGAAGCUCACCACUACUCGCACUCUUUUUGGUGACAAAUUCAGCAUCAGCGUCAUGGACCUCUUCGGCUUCGAGUGCUUCGCUGUGAACAGGAUCGAACAGCUGGUCGUGAACACCAUGAACGAACAGCUCCAGUGCCAUUACAACCAGAGAGUCUUCGCCUGGGAAAUGCAAGAGCAACAAGAAGAGGACAUCCCGGUGCAACAGUUGCACUUCUACGACAACAAGGAAGCGAUCGAUCAGCUGAUGGACAAAAGUUAUGGCUUGUUCCACCUGAUCGACGACGCAUCGCGCCAGCUCCAGGAUGCUCAAUAUGUCCUCGAGAAGCUGAAGAGCAGAACCCGAGGAGUCCACGUAAAAGUCGUUGGUACCCACGAGUUCACGGUCGCCCAUUACACCGGGAAAUUAAUCUACGACGCCAGCGAGAUGCCCGAAAAGAACAGAGACUUCGUACCCCCUGAGAUGAUCGAGACCAUGAGAUUGUCCGAGACGGAGAACGUCCGACAAUUGUUCGUCAAUCAAUUGUCAAAGUCGGGCAACCUGACGAUCGUCGUGGAGCAGCCGAAGACCGUGGAGAAGACGACCACUGCCAAGAGCAAAUGGGGUGCUGCGUUAAUGGGCCAAGAAGUUGCAAAACUAAGAAGAUUCAACACGGCUUCUCGGGGGCAGUUCUCGCAGACCCGGAAAAUGCGAACCUGUGCGGCGAUCUUCAGGUCCACCAGUUUGGAGGUGCUGAAGAACCUCUCCAUAGGAGGCGGAAGUGGUGGGACCCACUUCGUGAGGUGCAUAAGGGCGGAUCUUGAGGGGAGUCCCCGAGGAUUUUACAAGGAGGUGGUCCGACAACAAAUCAGGGCACUCGCUGUCCUGGACACUGCCAAAGCCAGGCAACGUGGAUAUCCUUAUAGGAUUCCGUUCCAGGAAUUCCUAAGAAGGUACAAAUUCCUGGCGUUUGACUUCGACGAGAACGUGGAGUUGACGAAGGACAAUUGUCGAUUGUUGCUGAUUCGCUUGAAAAUGGAGGGCUGGAUAAUCGGCAAGACCAAGGUUUUCCUGAAAUACUACAACGAGGAGUACUUGUCCAGAUUAUACGAGACCCAGGUGAAGAAGAUCGUGAAGGUGCAGUGCAUGCUCAGAGCCUUCCUCGCGAGGAAGUGCAUGGCCUCGAAAGUUGUCAAGGUUAAAAAGGAAGUUGUGAAGCAAGCGUCGAUGCAGAGGCAGAAGAGCCGCGAAAUGUCUCAAGACGAAGCAGCAUUGGUCCUGCAGAAAGCAUACAGGGGACACACGACGAGGAAGCAAGUCGGCCCCCUUCUGAAAGAGGAUCAGAUGGGCCAGGAGACGAAGGACUUCAUGAAGUUCUACAGCAGCAAGUGGAGGUCGAAGAGUCUUUAUCAGGUCCUCCUACACUACCGUGCAGCCCGGUACCAGGACCUAGUCCAGUUCUCUCAGCAAGUCCAUCUCUUCAAUCAGGCGAUAGUGGGGACGCUUCAGGGGACGAAUGAACGCGUCCCGCUGGAGAGGAUCGACCCGGGAGUAAAGGCGUCGUCGUACUUAGGCCAGACGAGACCACCGCAAGUACAUAAGCUACCCUUCGACAUGCAUCAGGAACUUCCAUUCUUCGACACGUCCUACAUGAACGAUCCCUCGAAAGCGAAGAGAGGUCCCGGAUCCAUUUCAUCCUCGAUGUCUGACGACGAAAUCGAGCCCUGGGAUACGCCAUUUCGGAGACAAACCGUGCCUUGGGCCAACGCCAACGUACACACCAGAGACGUCGAGGUUCAAACGACGAACUCACCUCACCGCGUAGCCCACGCGCCCGCCGGUGGAGCCCAGAGUCUGAUCAACACUCCGUUUUCCAGGGACCCCAAUGUCCCCGUUCGGUGUCCCCCGGAAGACUCGUCUCGCGGCAGGGCCGCUCCCAGCUUUCAGCAACCCCGAAACCCCAGUAGCCCGCCGAGACGCCCCAACGCUCACGUUCCUCGCUCAAAUGAUUACGACGGUGCCGGGUCAAUCCGUUCUAGGAAAGCCGCCCCACCCCCGCCGAUACCCUACAACCAGAUGCCUUCAGCACGUAGCCAGAAUCCGGACAGUCGAGCCAGGAAUGAGGGAUACAACGAUUGGGAAUUUGAGGACAAUGCCAACAAGAACAACCCUAGUAACAGUCGCGUGAAUCCGAUCCACGAACUGCAGAUGCUGGGACGUCGCAACAACAACGACAACCACGAGAACGAUGGUCCGCCUUUUAACUUCCAGGCAAUGCUGAGGAAAACUCCGCACCAGAGAGCCUCGAUGAAACGCACCCCCAUUUACGACAGUUACGCCCCUUCGCCGCCCCCGAUGUCGGGCUACCGAUCGUCGAAUCGAGACGACAUGUACGAGUCGAAUGUCGUGUACAGAAGCAGUGGAAGUCGCCGAGAUGAGUCCCCCGAGUGGAGCCCCAACGAGAUGGUCCGGAUGUCGGAGAAGUACGGCAGGGAAGGGGCCUGGGGGAGGAACAACGAGUCCAACAACCCCGAGAGUGUCACCACGGAACUAGCCCCGGGGAUCGUCGUCGAAGGCUACGUGGCCGAUCUCUAA